UCGGAUUGUCAUUUCACUAGACGUUUCUUAACAAUUUCGAUACCGACUAAUAUCGCGAACUUAGUACGGAAUGCUACCGAUAAGCGCUUAUCAUGAGCGCUUUUGGUAAAAAGUCCUCUUUGACACACGAAUCUAGUGUGCUCGUUCAGAACCGCGGUUAUUAUAGUAAUGCGAUGAUUUGACGUGUGUCUCGAUGAGCAUUCUUCCAUACGCUAGCUUUUCCCUUCAAAUUUUCGUUCGUUGUAUGAAAAAAUGGCAUCCCAAUCUAGUGAGGUUGACGAGAACACCAAUGACGACCAACAGCAAAAAAUAUUAUCUGCAGAAGACGAAAACUAUGACAUUGACGAGAGAGGUGACUAUAUUUUCUUUGGGCCAGCUCACAGGGUCCGAACUAAUUCAGAGCCAAAAGCAGGUUCUGGAUCAAUAACAGAAUGUGCUUGUACGUUAACAAAAGAUAAUUAUACCAAGGAAAGCAUAGAAUCUUUUGACAAGGAAAUUGUUACUGAAAUAGAAAAUGAAUUUCGUGUGGACUUUGGUAUCCAGGAUAAAGAAUCUCAAAUUAAUGAUGAGGUGAGUGAGAUACCAGGAAUAAAGGAAUAUGACCCUACUAUUGAUGAGAGGUUACCAGAAACUGUGACAUUAUUAACUACACCGGACGGAGGGAAAUUAUACCUAAUAGGAACAGCGCAUUUCAGCGUUGAAAGUCAAAAUGACGUGUCGAAGAUUAUACAAGCUGUACAACCUCACAUAAUUGUAGUCGAGUUGUGCAAAGCUAGAGUUGGUAUAUUGCAACUUGACGAAGAAGCCAUGUUUCGUUAUGCUAAGGACAUUAGUUAUCAAUGCAUUAUGGAUAUUCUUAAAAAGGAAGGUCUUUAUAACGGUUUACUGCACAUCUUAUUGCUAAGAAUGGCAGCUCAUGUCGCUAAAGAACUAGGAAUGCCACCUGGUGGUGAGUUUCGAAGGGCGUUCGAGGAGGCGAAGAAAAUACCAAACUGUAUGAUUCACAUGGCCGAUCGGCCUAUCAACAUAACAAUGCAACGUGCACUACGAGCGUUAUCAUGGUGGCAGACUAUAAAACUAGGCUGGCACUUAGCAUUUAUGAAGAGGCCGAUUACCCAGGAAGACGUCGAGUUCUGUAAACAACGAUCGAUGCUGGACGAAAUGAUCGCUAGCAUGAAAGGGGAAUUUCCCGUACUGGGAGAAGUGUUCAUCAAGGAGAGAGACAUUUACUUAACGUACUCGCUGCAAAUAGCUUGUAUGCCUCAAUUUACAUCCCACGGUAUCAAACCAAUGCGAGUUGUUGGAAUUGUCGGUUUGGGACACACACCGGGUAUUAUCGAGAAUUGGGGCAAAGUUCAGCCUACCGAUAUAUCACCUAUCCUAAAAGUACCGCCGCCGUCGAUGUCGAGUAAGAUCCUGAAGCUGACGGUAAAAGCGUCCGUGCUCGGCGCUGCGAUUUACAUCAGUUACAAGGUCAUAGCGGUGCCCGCUGCUCUCACGUUCCAAUCUAUCAAGUCAUCGGUCGAGGGACUUCUGAAGGCAAUCUCGGACCUCCUUGGCUUUCUUUGUUGAUAUACGUCGAUUGCGGUAAGCAUGGAAGCGACCGCUUCCAACGAC